UCCGCCGAAGGCGCCGCGCACGUGGUCUGGGCCGUAUUCGCGGCCUACGCCCUCCUACCAGUAGGCGCCCCAGUCGCCGCAGCUUUCGGCGUCGUCCUACCCACGAUGCACACAAUCGCCGCUGCGCUCGUCGCCCACCGCUUCCCGUACCAUGUCUGGCAGCAGAUGGUGGCGAACGUGGUGGUUUUCGUGUGCGUGAACGUGGUGGGAGCGCUGAUGCAUUCCUUGAUGGAGACGGCGCAGCGACGAGCGUUCCUGGACACGCGGAACUGCAUCGCAGCGAGGCUGGACAUGGAGGAUGAGAAUGAGAAACUGGAACGUUUGCUGCUAUCAGUGCUGCCGCAGCAUGUAGCCAUGGAGAUGAAGAAUGACAUCAUAUCGCCCGUCGAGGGGCAGUUCCACAAGAUUUACAUCCAGAAGCACGAGCAAGUCAGUAUCCUGUUCGCGGAUAUCGUGGGGUUCACGGUGCUCGCUUCGCAGUGCAGUGCUCAGGAGUUGGUGCGGCUGCUGAACGAACUCUUCGGCCGAUUCGACCAGCUUGCCAACGAUAACCACUGCCUCCGCAUCAAGAUCCUGGGCGACUGUUACUACUGCGUGUCCGGGCUCCCCGAGCCGCGCUCCGACCACGCGCGCUGCACCGUCGAGAUGGGGCUCGACAUGAUCGACGCCAUCGCUUCCGUGGUAGAAGCAACAGACGUGCAACUGAACAUGCGCGUGGGCAUCCAUACGGGGCGCGUGCUCUGCGGCGUGUUAGGGCUCCGCAAGUGGCAGUACGACGUGUGGUCCAAUGACGUCACGCUCGCAAACAACAUGGAGGCGGGUGGGGAACCAGGUCGAGUGCACAUAACGCAAGCGACCCUGGAGUGUCUCGGAGGAGCAUACGAGGUGGAGCCAGGCCACGGCUCCAACCGCAACGCGUACCUGCGCGACCACUCAGUGCAGACCUACUUCAUCAUCCCCCCGCCCCGCCGCAGAAAAAUGUGCCUAUCAUCAGGCGUCGGGCUCGGCUCAGGAUCUCGGCGCAAGCUCUCUUUCAAAAACGUGUCGAACGUUGUCGUUCAGCUGCUCCACUCCAUCAAGUUCAACGUCGACGUACCCUUUUCCAACAUGGCCGCCUCGCCACAGGAACUCAAGGCUAACGCCGCGAGGAAGAAUAAAGUAACGGAGAAGUUCAAGCGGCCUCUGAAAAAGCGUCACUCGUCUGUGUACCACCAGCCCACCAACCGCGUCAACAAGUACCUGGCGCAGGCCAUCGACGCGCGCUCCGUGCACCGCGAGAAGGCCACCCACGUGCAUCUGCUGACGCUCUGCUUCAAGGACAGUGCCAAGGAGGCGCAGUAUCGAGCAUCAACUGAUGGCGGCUGGGCGGGUUCUCUAGGCGCGGCCCUAGGCGCGUUAGUCGCGGCGGGGGCGCUGCAAGCGGCUAUCCUCCCUCGCACCACCAUCGUCCUGCUACUCUUCGUGACAGCCUUCGCGUGGUCAGCAGCGGUACUGGCGUUGACGCUAGCUGCGAAACUGCGCCUCGUGCCGUGUGACGUGUCCAGACCGUUUGCUCUGCGGAACGCUAUCACGACGUUUACUAUAGUGCUGGGGUAUGCCGUUGGGCAGGCGAAUGUGGUAACAUGCGAAGAGGUAGCAGUAUGUAAAAACUUGACUGCAAACGUGACGACUAUGGCCGAAAUCCGUCAGUUGAGCGGUGACGUAGCUGCUGCCUUAUGGAGUAGCAAUGACCAUCGGGCCUGCCCUAUACCGCUAUAUAUUACCCUUGGCUGCUGCCUAACUAUGCUGACUGUAGCAGUCUUCUUGAGGCUGCCUAUCUUGGUUAAAGGAGUGCUGUUAGCAUUGAUCACAGCGACCUAUAUGACCGUGAUCAUGGCGUACCAUAAGGACUUGUUCGACUGCUACGACAUGAUAACUGACCCUGGCGGACCCGUAGGCUCUGCUUACAGCGCGUCAGCGUGGGCGCUAGCAUUGGCAUUGGCCGUGCUAUUGCACGCGCGGCAGACGGAAUGGACGGCGCGUUUAGACUUCUUAUGGCAAGCGCAGGCGCGUGAUGAGAAGAGAGACAUGGAUGCCUUACAGGCGUCCAACAGACGAAUACUGUUCAACCUUCUGCCAGCUCAUGUGGCUACACACUUCUUGGACAACCAAUUCAGGACAAACAUGGACCUGUACCACCAGUCGUACCAGCGGGUGGGCGUGGUCUUCGCGUCAAUCACCAACUACCACGAGUUCUAUAUGGAGCUGGACGGGAAUAACCAGGGCAUGGAGUGCCUCAGGCUGCUCAAUGAGAUCAUCGCUGACUUUGAUGAGCUUCUAGGCGAGGACCGUUUCAGCGCGAUCGACAAGAUCAAGACGGUUGGGUCGACCUACAUGGCCGCGGUAGGCCUUAUUCCUGACAAGAAGAUGACUGACGAGCCCAGCUCUCGUAAACACAUGGCCACACUCGUGGAGUUUGUGUUCGCUAUGCGGGACAAACUGAAGGAUAUCAACGAUAACUCCUAUAACAACUUUAUGCUGAGAGUUGGAAUAAACGUCGGCCCAGUCGUCGCUGGAGUAAUAGGUGCGCGUAAACCGCAGUACGACAUAUGGGGCAACACAGUCAACGUGGCUUCCCGAAUGGACUCUACCGGCCUUCCCAACCACACACAAGUGACGGAAGAAGUCUACCAGGCUCUGAAAGACAUGCCCUACCAGUUCGUAUGUAGAGGUAAAGUCAAAGUUAAAGGGAAGGGCGAGAUGACCACAUACUUUUUGACUGACCGAGCGCCCUCCAACGGCAGUGGAUCAAACCCUAACAAUGGGUCAACUCCGAACCCACCGUCAGCGUACGGAGGAGUAGCGACGCCUCUGGCGAUGCUACAGAACUCCGCUCGAAGAGCAGCUGCCCAACCUUCACGGUUGCCGCCCGUCAGAGAAACGUCUGUCGCCGGCGAAAACGAACCGUUACUGCCGUCCAACGGCCACCAAAGUAACGGGAACAACCACAAAGGCAGCAAGGGGAGAAGAAACAAGGACUGUGAUGAGACACCACCACCGCCGCCUCCGCAUGGCAUAUCCGCGAAUCCAAGAUGGCCGCCGCCUCGAGCGCUAGUCCCGCCGUGGCCGCGGCCUCAGGAGCCUCGCCCUCCCGCUGCACACAAAAGAAGACCUCCUACAAGAUUACCCAGGCCUCGAUCUAGCGAGAGUUUACCUCUAGCACGUAGCCCACGCGUACACUCCUCCGCUGACGAAUUAAGUUCCCUCACUCGAUCUCCUAGUUUAAGUUCAUCCGACGAGAGCUACUCCCGAACGACUGACGCGUCUCCGUCGCCUCCGCGGCCGACGCAGUGGCUACCCCCGGCGCGGCCGCAGCGGCCCAACCCUGCGUACGACUACCCUCCUGUUCGCGCGUCCAAACCCACGCCUAACCACAUUAACGAAAUAUACGCCAAGCACAAGCUAAACAAGAAACCUUCUCUCGAAGAUAAAUUCAUGGAUGGAAGCCUAAACUUUCAGAAGGAGGAGGAAAAGUUGCAGAGGAGUAUAAUAAACAUGCUGGCGUCCGCGAAACGAGAUGGGUGUUGUCAAACUGAUAAGAAGGACGUCUCGGGUCGGUUGGGGAACAGAACGAACUCAUUCUCUAGUUCUAGCAGCAGACCGAACAAUUUGAAGCAUUUGAACCACGACGGCAGAGAAGUGUUCACGAAACGAAGCCCUACUGACGUGGCCUGCGUGCCGCCCUUCGAGAGAGAGAUCCAAAGGCUGCUUGAUGAUAAAAAUUUAAUCAAGAGUAAUCCACAGAAAGUGGAGCGGAAGGAAUUGAAACUUGAACUUAGGGGCCAAAACCCAGCCUUAGAGCCGCUCCGCAACUGCAACAACAACAACAGCAGCCCACUCCACGCGGUCGGCCUGGCGGCCAUUACGCAGCUGGCGCGCGCAGACGCAGCGAGCCCGGGCCGCGGGUCGCAGCACGCCGCGUCGCCGCUGCGGCCCUCGGCUGAGUUCCCUGGGGUGCUGCCUACAGAUGUCGUCGUGGAACUGCCUUCGCCUACGCACUCGCGGGAGAACAACAUUAGCAGUCCACUUCACGCGGUCGGCCUGGCGGCCAUUACGCAGCUAGCGCGCGCAGACGCAGCGAGCCCGGGCCGCGGGUCGCAGCACGCCGCGUCGCCGCUGCGGCCCUCAGCUGAGUUCCCGGGGGUGCUGCCUACAGAUGUCGUCGUGGAACUGCCUUCGCCUACGCACUCGCGGGAGAACAACAUUAGUCCACCAUGCGAGCGGAAAGCAGAUGCAGCUACGUCUAAAGACAAACACGAAAAAGCAAUCCAGGAGAGACUACAAACCCGGGUAACCACUUCUAAUCAUAGAGAAUUGGGUCUCUACGGGGAAAGUCAAUCCGAAUGGAGUUCGUCGUGUUCCGAGGGCGAGGGCGACGGGGAGGGCGGUCAGCCCGAGAGCACGGGCUACACCACCGACGACCCCGCGCUGGAAAAUGUGUCCAUGCUCAACGAGGCCGGGCUCACCGACGCGGAAGCCGCUCUGAGUGACGUCAACUCCUGCUACUUCGACAGAGACGAUGACGUGUCCUCCCGCGCCUCCUCCCGCCUCCUCGACUCCGAGGCCCUCGUCUCCCUCGAGUCCCUCAGCGCCAUCUACGACUCCGACGAGCCCGCGCACAGGUACCUCGCGAACAUUCGCACCGUCAGCGAAUCCAUCACCAGGAACUUCGGACAGCCCGCGCACGUCACCGACGGCGAGAGCGACGUCUAGUGAUACUCUGUGAUACUCUUGGAACGGAGGAACUUACCCGCGCACCCGACUCGUUUCCGAACUAUUCGUAUUCUCGUGUAUUGCCUUUCGAUUAUUUUACGAAUAUUGUGAUAGAAGUAAUCUCAAGCGAUGAGCGUUACAGAUCUAAUUCGAAUGUAAGUUUUGUAUGUUGGACGAAAUACUUGGCUCUCUAAUUGAAGUACGAAUACUCAAAGUAAAUCGCGCACGAUGAUUUGUAUGACACGAAAACAAAUAGACGAUUCUAAAUUCGAGACGAGCGACACCUUGAUAUUCGAAGCGUUCGUCAUCAUCGCCGAUCAACAUUGCUGAUGUGCCUGUAUAAUUAAUGAUUUACUAUGUAAAUGGUGUCAAUAUGUACCUAUACCUAUGUAGUUAAAGUGUAUGAUAUUCAUGUACAGCCGACGAUGCCAUGUGAUGGCUCAUGCAUCAUCUAGGGGUAUGCGAUGAUCUCUACAAUUAUAAGGUGCUCUGAAUUAGAAUUAUUUGUGGUUUGUCUUGUGAUAAUGGUAUAAGGAAUUAGCAUUCGAGCGACCAAUCUCCGUAGAAUUCUGUGUUUAGAGUAAGGGCCGGUCCCUGUUCAAGUUGUUCAACUAUUUAGAUACCCGGAAAUGUAUUCGAGCAACAUCUGGGGCUAAGGCCCACGUGGUUCGGUGUAAGUGACUCUUGCAUUUCAAUUUAACUUAGUAUAAAAUAUGUUGUUACCAUAGACUGGACUAUAUUGUAACUUAGAAACUGUAUUAACUAUAGUAUGCGUAUUCUUAUUACAACAUGAAAUCAUUCUUUCACCGCCUUCCCCACAUAUCAGAAUAUUUUAACCAGCAAAUGCACCUUGGACAUACCUACAUACUUGCGAGCUCCUCUGUUCAUCAGUUACCAACACACUUUGAGGGCUGACGCACACUUGUCUGUCAGUGAAUGCUUCAUACAUUUUUAUGUAAUUCAGACGGGACUACUCACCUGUAAUUUCAUAGAACGUAUGAACACGUUGCAAUGGUCAAAUGUGCGGAAGCUCUUAUUUAACUUUUUUCUUUCAAGCUUGAAUUCUAGUCACUGUUCUUAUAACAUGUCAAUUGAAAUUUUUUCUUGGAAUUUAUAGAUAGAUAUACGGUCCAAGUAGAGGUGCCAUUUAAUUAAUAAUUUUAUGUGUCGUUUAAAUUAGUUUACUGUGAAUGAAUAUGAAUUUAAACAGGUGAGAAUUAGGACUUUGAUAAAGAAAAUCAGUAACUUAAUACCUAGUAGUUUAGUUUAUCGUAACUAUAGUACAACCAUCACGAGAAACCACUACUGAAUAUUUGUUGUAAAAUAUUCUUGGUAUUUGUGUUAUAGAGUAAGAGCUAGUGAACGCCAGAUCUACGUCAUUUUAUAAAAGCUGAAAGUUUGUCAGCGUAUGCUCCCAAUAUAGGAUAUAAUGUUGGUGAAUUAUGAAGUUUGGGUUACUGAAGUUUGAGUUGGAACUGUCAAAACUGUCUGGCUGUUGGGGAAAAUACUGGAUGGAUGUAAAUGGUAAAUGGAUUCAUCGGAUUCCGAAGACGAUUGUUACGGGAACAUAGCACAGAAAUUGCAGCGAAUGAAAAAUAAUUACAAGGAGGAUACCAUAGAAACAACCAACUUGUUGAACGAAUCGACGACGGAGCUCGACGAAAUCGUGAAGAAUGCUGAGUUACUUGCUAAAAAGAGAGCCGAAGCCAGUUUGCAGGAAAAGAAGAAUGAAGAGGCAAGCAAAGAAGAAGAACAAGAUACGGAUUUAUUCGAUACUCUAAUAGCAACCUCGUCGAAAAGAAUGACGCUAUCUGUCGCGAAAAGGGCUAGUUCUGACACCAAUCCGAGUGAAGGUACCGCUCCUAAAAGGGUAAACAGAAGAAAAAGAGGUGGGAAAGCGUCCCAAAGCGACACCAACACUGACACAACCCAGGAUACCGUUCAAAAUGUAGCUGAAACAUCAAAUAUACAAAAUACCACACAGUCUGUUCAAAUUCUACCUCAAACUCAACAAAAUACUCCUAGAACUAGAGGUAGAGGUCGUGGUAAGAGUAGAGGUAGAAACUCGAGAGGUAUAUACACGUACCUAGCUUUUGGGGAAUUGCUACAUACAGCGUUGGAAACACAGAUGAGUACCCAGACCAGUCAGAUUGCCAACAAAUAUUUACUUCAAAGCCGAAAUCCGACGACGCAGUGCUAGUUGAAGACUCAGAAGUACUGGACGAAAACGAAGAGCUAUCCGUUAAAGUUUACUGGCAGAGUUCCGAGUUCUUUAAGUUCAUGAUCAGACGCUUCCAAAAAUUAAUACAAAUCUUUGAUUAUUUCUCACAAAAAGAAAUCGUCAGUCACGAUAAGUUGUUGUUUACGUUCAACCAUCGGAUACUCAAGCCCGAUGACACUCCAGACGCAAUUAACUAUAGUAUCGUAAAUUUUAUUGAUGGGGGUAUUGUUAAUCAGAGUGUAUCAAAGUUAGUCAAAGACGAUAACAAUAAGAAAG